ACCUCUAUUCUCAGGCCCCCGCAGCAACAGUCGAACAACUGUGGCCUCAUAAAAAGGACCGAGAGAGCAGCGACAAGGACACACAUUUCAAGGUGAAGGACUGAAUGAACUGCACGCACAUUUGGAGUUAGAUUUCUGCUCCGGAACGAUACUUGUACCGUGAGGCGACGGCAGACAGGCUUCCUCAGCUUCUCAGAGUUGCAUGUUAUGGCUGUGUAGAGAAACACGUCAGCCACGCAGAGACGACAACAUGAAGGUGACAGCCCUGCUCAUCAUUUGCGCCUGUCUGUUCUUGGAGUGUUUGGGGAAGCCACAAUUCCCUGAACAAGAAAAGGAUCCCAAAUUUUGGAAUGCGUGGGCCCAGCGCACCCUGAAGAACGCUCUGACACUGCAAAAUCUUAAUAAAAACAAAGCAAAGAAUCUCAUCCUCUUCCUUGGAGACGGGAUGGGCGUUCCCACUGUGACGGCCGCUCGAAUCCUGAAGGGUCAGCUGAACGGACAGAGCGGAGAAGAGACACAGCUGGAGAUGGACAAGUUCCCUUUUGUCUCUUUGGCCAAGACAUACAACACCAAUGCACAGGUGCCGGACAGCGCGGGGACAGCCACAGCUUACCUCUGCGGGGUCAAGGCCAACGAGGGCACGGUGGGAGUGAGCGCAGCUGCUGUCCGAUCCCAGUGCAACACCACAGAGGGCAAUGAGGUCACCUCCAUCCUCAGAUGGGCUAAAGACGCAGGCAAGUCAGUGGGAAUAGUGACUACGACUCGUGUCAACCAUGCCACUCCCAGUGCUGCUUAUGCCCACAGCGUGGACAGAGACUGGUACUCUGACAACGAGAUGCCAGCCGAAGCACUGCAGGACGGCUGCAGGGAUAUCGCCAGACAACUCUUCGAAAACAUUCCCAACAUCGAUGUGAUUAUGGGUGGAGGGAGGAAGUAUAUGUUCCCCAAAAACCAGUCGGAUGUAGAGUACCCUGGCAUGGCGAAGCACAGCGGCACAAGAAAAGACGGAAGAAACCUGGUGCAGGAGUGGAUUGACAGGAUGAAGGAUAAAAAAGGCCAUUAUGUAUGGAACAAGAAGCAGCUCUUAUCACUGAACCCUAACAACGUGAAUUACUUACUGGGUCUCUUUGAACCUGGGGAUAUGGUGUAUGACUUGGAGAGGAACUCUGAGACUGACCCUUCACUUACAGACAUGGUGGAUGUUGCCAUCAAGAUCCUGAGGAAGAACCCCAGUGGAUUUUAUCUGCUGGUAGAAGGAGGACGUAUCGACCACGGACACCAUGAGGGCAAAGCCAAGCAGGCUCUGCAUGAAGCCGUGGAAAUGGACCGGGCCAUCGGCAGGGCAGAUCUCAUUACCAGCAUCCAUGAUACGAUGACCAUAGUUACUGCUGACCAUUCUCAUAUGUUCAACUUUGGAGGUUACACAGCCAGAGGAAACACAAUUUUUGGUUUGGCCCCCAUGUUGAGUGAUGUUGACCAGAAGCCCUUCACCUCCAUUUUAUAUGGGAACGGACCUGGUUACAAAAUUGUCAACAGUGCAAGGGAGAACGUCUCCACCAUUGACUACCAGGAAAACAACUACCAGGCCCAGUCAGCUGUACCUCUGAGCAUGGAGACUCACGGAGGAGAGGACGUGGCCGUGUUUGCUAAAGGUCCGCUGGCUCACCUGCUACACGGGGUCCACGAGCAGAACUACAUCCCCCACGUAAUGGCAUAUGCAGCCUGUAUCGGCCAGAACAGGGAACACUGUAUGUUGCAGGACGGGACAGCCGGUUUACGCCCCGUCCUCUCUACCAUUGUUGCCCUUCUCACAGUCACCCGAAUUCUGUGCUGACCUCCCCCAACAGCCCUCAUCCUGUUAAUAACCCUGUUUAAACCAGUCAUACAUUUCCAGAUUUUGCUGUUCUUCUAAUUUACUCUACACCUUUUUCAUCAUGGGACCACUGUUUAGACACUUGACCUGUUAAACCUCUUUGUUAAUGUAAACCCUUUAGGUUUGAAUAGAUACAUUGGCUUUGCAAAUGUUUGAUUAUGUUUCAAUUUUUAAAAAUGUGCAGAUAACAAAAUCUACCUCAUAAGCUUGCAAAAGAUCUCUCAUGUAAUUAUGAUGUGUUCAAAAAGAAAUUAUAUUUCAAAGGACAGAUUUUGUGCCGAAACAAGAGGCAAUUGAAUGUACAGUAUAAUUGACACAAAAGUAAAAGAUAUCAUGGAUAAUUUGUCAAACACCUUGUGCAUACUUACAAAUAGCACUGAAAAAGCCCACCUACCAUCAUCUGUGUCCAAUAACAGAAGUUGUACAAUCUCUUAACCAAUAAAGGAAAUGUCUUCGUUUUCUGAUAA